AUGUGGCUGUGGCUUGGCCCACCCUCGCUGUCCCUGAGCCCCAAGCCCACAGUUGGCCGGAGCCUGUGCCUCACCCUGUGGUUCCUGAGCUUGGUGCUGAGGGCCAGUACCCAGGCCCCAGCACCCACAGUCAACACUCACUUUGGGAAGCUAAGGGGUGCCCGGGUACCAUUGCCCAGUGAGAUCCUGGGGCCUGUGGACCAGUACCUUGGGGUGCCCUACGCAGCUCCCCCGAUCGGCGAGAAACGUUUCCUGCCCCCUGAGCCGCCCCCGUCCUGGUCGGGCAUCCGGAACGCCACACAGUUUCCCCCAGUGUGCCCCCAGAACAUCCACACAGCUGUGCCCGAAGUCAUGCUUCCUGUCUGGUUCACCGCCAACUUGGAUAUCGUCGCUACUUACAUCCAGGAGCCUAACGAGGACUGCCUCUACCUGAACGUCUAUGUGCCCACGGAGGAUGUAAAGCGGAUUUCCAAGGAAUGCGCCCGAAAGCCCAACAAGAAAAUUUGUAGGAAAGGAGGAUCCGGCGCUAAGAAACAGGGCGAGGACUUAGCGGAUAAUGACGGGGAUGAAGAUGAAGACAUCCGGGACAGUGGCGCUAAGCCUGUCAUGGUCUACAUCCAUGGAGGCUCUUACAUGGAAGGGACAGGCAACAUGAUUGACGGCAGUGUCCUGGCCAGUUAUGGCAACGUCAUCGUCAUCACCCUCAACUAUCGGGUUGGAGUGCUAGGUUUCCUGAGCACUGGCGAUCAGGCUGCCAAGGGCAACUAUGGGCUCCUUGACCAAAUCCAGGCCCUCCGCUGGGUGAGCGAGAAUAUCGCCUUCUUCGGGGGUGAUCCCCGCCGUAUCACCGUCUUUGGCUCAGGCAUUGGUGCAUCCUGUGUCAGCCUUCUCACACUGUCGCAUCAUUCUGAGGGGCUUUUCCAGAGGGCCAUCAUCCAAAGCGGUUCUGCUCUGUCCAGCUGGGCUGUGAACUACCAACCGGUGAAGUACACCAGCCUGCUGGCAGACAAGGUGGGCUGUAAUGUGCUAGACACGGUUGACAUGGUGGACUGUCUUCGCCAAAAGAGUGCCAAGGAGCUGGUAGAGCAAGACAUCCAGCCAGCCCGCUACCAUGUGGCUUUUGGCCCAGUGAUUGAUGGUGAUGUCAUUCCUGAUGACCCAGAGAUUCUCAUGGAACAGGGCGAGUUCCUCAACUAUGACAUCAUGCUAGGUGUCAACCAGGGUGAGGGGCUCAAGUUUGUGGAAGGGGUGGUGGACCCUGAAGAUGGUGUCUCUGGCACUGACUUUGACUAUUCAGUCUCCAACUUUGUGGACAAUCUGUAUGGCUAUCCUGAGGGUAAGGAUACCCUGCGGGAGACCAUCAAGUUCAUGUACACAGACUGGGCAGACCGUGACAAUCCUGAGACCCGCCGUAAGACAUUGGUGGCACUCUUCACUGACCACCAGUGGGUGGAGCCCUCAGUGGUGACGGCUGAUCUGCAUGCCCGCUAUGGCUCGCCUACCUACUUCUACGCCUUCUACCAUCACUGCCAGAGCCUCAUGAAGCCUGCUUGGUCAGACGCAGCUCAUGGGGAUGAAGUACCCUAUGUUUUUGGUGUCCCUAUGGUAGGCCCCACUGACCUCUUCCCCUGCAACUUCUCCAAGAAUGAUGUCAUGCUCAGUGCUGUUGUCAUGACCUACUGGACCAACUUUGCCAAGACUGGGGAUCCCAACAAGCCGGUCCCCCAGGACACCAAGUUCAUUCACACCAAGGCCAACCGCUUUGAGGAAGUGGCCUGGUCCAAAUACAAUCCCCGAGACCAGCUGUACCUUCACAUCGGGCUGAAGCCAAGGGUCCGCGAUCAUUACCGGGCCACUAAGGUGGCCUUUUGGAAACACUUGGUGCCCCACCUAUACAACCUGCACGACAUGUUCCACUACACGUCCACAACCACCAAAGUGCCGCCCCCGGAUACCACCCACAGCUCCCACAUCACCCGCAGGCCCAAUGGCAAGACCUGGAGCACCAAGCGACCAGCCAUCUCCCCCGCCUACAGCAACGAGAAUGCCCAGGGGUCCUGGAACGGGGACCAGGAUGCAGGGCCACUCCUGGUGGAGAACCCGCGUGACUACUCCACUGAAUUAAGCGUCACCAUCGCUGUGGGGGCCUCCCUCUUGUUCCUUAAUGUCCUGGCCUUCGCUGCUCUCUACUAUCGGAAGGACAAGCGACGUCAGGAGCCCCUGCGGCAGCCCAGCCCUCAGAGGGGAGCCGGGGCUCCUGAACUGGGAGCUGCUCCCGAGGAGGAGCUGGCAGCGCUGCAGCUGGGUCCCACACACCACGAGUGUGAGGCGGGUCCCCCCCACGACACCCUGCGCCUCACCACGCUGCCUGACUACACACUGACCCUGCGGCGCUCCCCUGAUGACAUUCCACUCAUGACCCCCAACACCAUCACUAUGAUCCCCAACUCCCUGGUGGGGCUGCAGACAUUGCACCCCUAUAACACCUUUGCCGCAGGGUUCAACAGUACUGGGCUGCCCCACUCACACUCCACCACCCGGGUAUAG